AUGUUCCUUAUAGAGAUGAACCAAACUACAGAUGUCCAUAAACCAGAAAGACAUGUGCAACCAAACCCUUAUGAUUUUAAACUAGCUUCUGAUAGGAGGAGGUUGUCACUGCCCUAUUACCCAGCUGCCCUUAUAGUGGCCCCAUCCACACCUGGAUGCAGGGGAUGCCAAAGAGGAUUCAGUGCCAAAAAGAUGGCUCCAACCUUUGCUUUAUUGCUGCUGAGCCAAGCAGCUUUUGUCACACUGGUAACAUCUGGGAAAGUUUGUGGCCGACCUCCUGUCACUGAUGGGAUUGACGUUUCUACCCUGAAACGUGUGUUUGAGGUUGGAGAAGAGGUGACCCUCACGUGUGAACAAGGGUACCUGCCGUCAACAGCAACCCCUCCCAGAAUAACCUGUACUGCCACAGGAGAGUGGACGCCGUCAAACCUGGCAUGUUCCCCCAAGAUGUGUCCGAUCCCCAGACCUCUGCAGCCAUUUGCUAAGGGGAGGACAGAGGCUCCAUUCAAGAGUGUGCUUAACUUCUCAUGCGAUGAUGGGUACGUUAUGAUAGGAGCUAAAGAAAGCACGUGUUUGCAUGACAGUACCUGGAGUCAUCCAUCGCCUCUCUGCAAAGCUGUGAACUGCCCCUUGCCGAAACCACCAAAAGAUGGUAAAAUUGUCCAUGAUAAGCCAGUAACAGGGACCACAGCCAUUUAUGGACAAGGCUGGUCAUACGAGUGCAGUCCACCAAAAGCUCCAAGUUAUGAGAGAGGAUCCUGCAUGUCUAAUGGAAGUACAACUGAACCACCAGUUUGUCGAGAGGUGAGCUGUUUUGCCCCAACAAACAUAACUAAUGGCGUCAUCACAUUUGCUGUAAUAAGACCACAUGGCUACAAGGAAAAGAUUAAGUAUGCCUGCAAUGAGCACUAUAAAAUGGUUGGUGAUGCUGAGAUUCAGUGCCAAAACACAGGAAACUGGUCAUCAAAGCCAGUCUGCAUGGCUCCCUGCACCGUUGGCAUAAAAAGAGGUCGUAUCUUCUACAAUGCCAGGAAGAUCUGGAUCGCUGACUUGAAACCAAACAGAGUCCUCCAUCGAGAGCCUGUUGUCUUUUAUUGUAUGAACAAAACUGAGAAGUGUGGCUACCCUGUGGCCAGCACUUGUAACAAUGGAAAUCUUCCCAUCCCAGAAUGCUUUGAGGAGCCAAGUAAACUGGAUUACAACUUGAGGCCUAAAAGCCUUCCAUCUGAAAUAACAAUGUGUGCUGCUUCGCCUCCUCCAAGCCCGAGAAGCUCUCCAAUACCUGCAUGACAAAAACUGGAUGAUAUGCUGAGACAGACUCCAUCUUUGUUUAAUCUUGUUUGUUCUUUCAUUAUCAACUGAUAAAUAUGUACUGUUUCGCUUAAUUAGAAUAAAAAAAUAAUUAAAAUGUG